ACCAUAAAAGUUGUGAGCACUAAUUCCGAUUUUUUUUACUACUGUAUCUCCAACACGCUCAUGACCUGCAUAUCACACUUGCGUGCGUGGUUCUUGAUCAUAUUAAUCAAAACAGAGGAAGAAGAGAAAUUAUCACGAUUUUUGGUGGAUUUGGUUAAAGAAUUAGUAGUAAUCAGGUUGAACGCCAUGGGUUCUACUUCUGAAAUUGGUGCAGCGAUUAUUGAGGCUGCUGCUUAUGGACACCUUAACCAACUUAAGGCAAUCAGAAAAAAGGUUGAUGAUGAGUGGGAGUUCCGAAAAAUAUGCGAUGAAUAUAGUGACUUCUCCACUGGCCGGAAUGUCUUGCAUCACGCCGCUGAAAUUGGUCAUUUUGAGAUUUGCAAAUUCUUGAUUAACAACGUCAAAGUUUAUACAGAUGCCUUGACUUACAAGAGGGUUACUCCUCUGGCAGAAGCUGCCAAAAGGGGACAUGUCAAAAUUGUGGAGCUUCUCAUCAAACAUGGUGCUGAUAUUAGUCUUCCAAAUAUUGCGGGAGUUUCUCCGUUGCACCAUGCACUUCUAAAAGAUAAUAUGGAGCUUGUGGACAUGUUGCUGGUGGGAGGUGCUUUAGUAGAAGUAGAUUCUUCACAUGGAACACCUUUACAAAUUGCUAUUUCUCGUGGAAAUGUUGAGGCUGUCCGGGUUCUCUUGUUUCUUAGCGCGGAUCCCAAUUUUUAUCUUGAAGUUUUGGACACCCCUCUUGUAUGUGCAGUCAAGUCUCGCUCAUCUCGCGCAUUUGAAUGCCUGAAUAUGCUGCUUGAGGUUGGUGCGGACCCAAAUUUGUAUUGCGGUGGGUCAAGUCCUUUAACAUCUGCUGCAAAAGAAGGCGACACAAAAUUUCUCAAGCGUUUACUUGAAGCUGGAUCAGAUCCAAAUUCCUUAGAUAUCUUUAAACCUAUUGAGGAAGCUGCUAUUGUGCAUAAUCGUGCAGCUGUGGAGAUUUUGUUUCCAGUGACUGAACGAAUUGCACAUUAUCCAAACUGGACUGUCGAUGGCAUAAUCGAGUACAUUGAUUCAGAAGACUUUAGAACAAUGAGUGUGGAGAAACUGACAAUGGGGUUGACUGAACUAAAGCUCGGAGGCAUGCAUGACGCGAGCAACAAGGAAUACGAGCAGGCAAUGAUGAAAUAUAAAAUGGCUAGUCAUCUUGAUCCAUCUAACCCCACAUUGAUAUCAAAGCGAAGCUUGUGGGAAGCGCACUUGGGUUUAGGCAAUUAUGCAGUUAUAGAUGCUCUGAAAUGGUUUAGACUCAAGCCAGACCUCACCGACCCCAUUCAUCUAAACAAUGCUGCUGCAGCGAAUGAGAUAUUCAAGAAAUUCCUCUUGGCAGGCCUUGCCUUCUCGUUAGAUCCUCACGACAACGAAGCCUGUUUUGCAUUGGGAUUUACUAUGUUUGAUUGCUUUGCCUUGUUGUGUCAGAUGAGCAGCCCCCACGAGAUUAUGGACUUGUAUUGUUUCCCCAAUUUUAGAUCAUAGUAAUUCUUGUCACACUCAUGUAGUACAUUUGAUUCAUAUUCCACUGCAAAUAUUUGUUGCCAACUGAAUCAAAUUUGAGAUACUAAAUUCAAAAUGUAUGCACUCAAAUAUUUGUUCUA